AUGUCUGUCGGGUAUGGGAUUCCUGAGAGGUCGAGAUAUCUAUGUUUAGAUACAAACAUACUCAUUCAUCAUUUACCCAUAAUCAGAGAAUUUUAUGAUACCUUGAUCCCUUCAAAUGGACAAGAAGGAAAUACGAAAUUACUGAUUCCUGAUAUUGUCAUUCAUGUAAUGGAUCAUCCUAUCCGAUUGGUACAUUUCGACGUUCAAAUCUCUAUUGGUGAUUUAGCAAAAGCUGCUACUCAAUGGUUAUUACGUUCUAUCCGGUCUACCAACUCGACUCUUUCAAGUGGAACUACAGAUCAUGGUCUACAGGAUGGUGGUGAUACUUAUACAAAUAUUGACAAAAACUCGAAUGGUAGACGAAAUACGAAGGAUAGACAAAGAGAAAGAAAUGAAAGAAUAUAUUGUCAGAAAAGGGAUGAAACGAUAAAUUCCAAUCUGACCAAAGGGGAUGAUAAAAUAUUAGAUUGUUGUUUGUUUUUUCAACGGAAGGGAGAGGUGAUCUUAUGGACGGAAGAUAAGAAUUUAACUUUACUCGUAUUCGUACUUGUGUAUUCCUUUUUCUUGAGGGAAUAA